GAAGAUCCUCUUAAAGCGUUGAGGCUUAAAGCUGAGGCCUAUGCCUAGUAUCCUACAGCAUGAUUAGUUAGGUAUACAGUGCUAAUAAGGACCAUAACAGGGAGAGGUUAUAUUUGUACAAGCUUCCUCUCUCUUGGGACUGAUACUCUACAAAGAAGCAAAAUUGUUGUGUAUAUGCCAAUACGUAAUAAUAAUGAGCUCACCAAAAGGAACAACAGCGUUGAACAAGUAAAUGUCUUCUUCUUUGAAUGAACGUCUGUAGAUUAUAAGAUAAGGUUCCCUUAGUUCAAAUCUGUGGGGAUGAAAGAAACAUUGAACAUUGUUUUACUGGGUAAAACUUGCAACGGGAAAAGCUCCACUGGAAACACAUUGCUGAAUCGCAAAGCUUUCCAGGUAAGCUGUGACAAAACUUCCUGCACCACGCUGCCAUUGCUGGAGGUGAGUGACAUCAUGGGGGUCAGGCUUAAAGUGGUGGACACACCGGGCCUUAUGGACACCAGUGGCACGAGAAAUGAGGACACCAUUCUCAACGUCUGUUGCGGAAUGAGCCUGUGCCCCGAUGGAUUUGACGCACUUGUGCUGGUACUCGACUACAAUAACAUCUUCUCUACAGAAGAGCCGGAAACUAUUCGCAUCUUGAAAACAUUUUUUGGAGAGUGUUUUGUCCGAGACUAUUGUGUGGUAGUUAUCACACACGGAGAUAAUUUUGAUCUGGACAGAUCCGAAGAUGAAAAGCCAAUUUCGUUUAAGGAAUGGUGUUUGGAACUUAAGCACCCGGUAGGAAUAGCUCAACUGUUUGAAGAAUGUCAGUAUAAAGUCGUGCUUUUCUAUAACAAAGGACCAGUCUAUGCAAGUCAGCGAGAAGCCGCAGUUAAAGAAUUCAUCGAUCUACUUCAAAAAAUUAAAGGGCGUUACACCAAUGAAUAUUUCAAUAGUUGUGCGGCCCAGAGAGAAAAGUUUAUACAAGAAAGCCGAAAACCAGAGCUAAGAAGCUGCAUUCAAGAGUUGUUAAGCUUGCUUAUAUGCGAUAUUGAUGAAAUUUUGAAUAGCAGACAUUCUGAGAGAGUUGAGCUAACGAAACUAAAACGUCACGUGAAUGAACUAAUAAUGCGUGUCGAUGGUCAAACUGAGUCCCUUGGAUUCAUGGACAACCUCAAGAGUAAACUGUUUCUUAUCCGGGAUAGAAUAGAAAACAUCGACAGCCAGAGAAUGAAAAAAGAACUUGAAAGUCUAAAACAAGCAAUUCAAAAACUGAAAAAUCCAUCCGUGGAUUGGACAAAACUUUGGUAUAAAAUCGCCUCAGUUAUGUCAACCAUAUUCAAAGCAGCAGGUAUAUUGAUGCAAACGAACUCAAAAUGGUCAGAACUGGGCAAAGUGUUCUGUUCUGCAGGCGAGUUGAUGGACACUACUCAAAAAGAAAUUUCCAGUUAAAUAAUGAUACCCAGUGCUUUUUUUUUUGUGACGGUACGCACUUUUCUUGUAUUUUAACUUUUAUUAAUAAUUCAUUAUGGUGUGUGAGUUCGCAAUCCAUCACUAAGUACAGGCACUUAUUUUUUUUUUUUACAGUAAGAAAGCACUGGUCAUACCUAUUAUUGUUAAAUAAAUGCGAAAUUUAAAAGAUCCCAAAAUAGAUUUUCAAAACCUUCCCAGCCUUUUGUUCGGAUAAAACUCCUGUUUCUAAGAAAUACAAUAAGAAUUCUUUUCACUCAGAGACAGUUGUCGAUAAAUUAGUUUUGAUCUCUUGAGGUUUACAUAGUUUGGACAGUCGUGUUCAUACAGUAAUGGUGAUGCAUAAACUGACAUGAAUACUAACUUGAUUUCAAGCUAACAUUUCAACAAAAUGUAGUUUCCCAAAAGUAUAUUGAAUUCAUUAAGAACAUGUAGGCCUAACGUUGCUGUUUUCUUCUCUGCCCAUCAGGUUUGUAACAAUGUAUCCUGUGAGAGUAAUGAAUGGAUCUAAAGACUUUUAGUACAGCAGCUAUCUGCCAUGUACUUCUUAAUCGAAUUUUCAUAUUUGUAUCUUCAGCAGAUUUUUGUUUUCAUUGGCAUAGAGAAAGACAUGAAUCUUUAGAAAAAUUAACCAAUUAGUCAAUUAAUUAUUAAUAAUUAUUUUGUUUAAUUGAAACAAGGGACAUUAAUCCGUUGGUAUUCACAGAUAAGGCUAAAUAUUUAGGGUUUGGUCGCCUUGAUAAUUGCACUUGUAAUUUCCCCACUCCCAUUCUCGGAACCAUUUGAAACUUUGAACACUUAUUUAUUUAGUUAUUUUGAAACACUUAUUUAUUUAGUUAUUUUGAAACACUUAUUUACUCUAUUUUAAAAAAGUGUCAAUUUAUUUUUGGUAAUUAAUUAUUUAGUUUGACUAGUGUUUCUAGAAGCUUCAAUAUUAACUAAGAGUGUUUAAUACAAUGUGAUUUUGCUUUA